AUGAAUUUCCGCAACCUCUUUCUCUCCCUUUUCCUGGUCCUUGCGGUCAGCUUCGCGCUGGUCCAGGCCGAAGAUGCUCAGAAGGAACCUCGUGGUCCCAAGAUCACCAACAAGGUCUACUUCGAUGUUAACCAUGGAGACGAGUCCAUGGGCCGAAUUGUUAUGGGUCUUUACGGCAAGACUGUCCCAGAGACCGCUGAGAACUUCCGCGCUCUGGCUACCGGUGAGAAGGGCUUUGGUUACGAGGGCUCCUCUUUCCACCGUGUGAUUAAGGACUUCAUGAUCCAGGGUGGUGACUUCACCAACGGUGACGGCACUGGUGGCAAGUCUAUCUAUGGUAACAAGUUCAAGGACGAGAACUUCAAGCUUCGCCACACCAAGAAGGGCCAACUGAGCAUGGCCAACGCUGGCAAGGACACCAACGGCUCCCAGUUUUUUAUUACCACCAUCAUCACCUCGUGGCUCGAUGGCCGCCACGUUGUAUUUGGUGAGGUCCUUGAGGGCUACGACAUUGUCGACAAGAUCCAGAAUGUCGACAAGGCUCGUGGUGACAAGCCCUCGACCCCCGUCACGAUCGUGAAGAGUGGCGAGCUGGAGUUUGAGGCUGAAGCCGAGGAUGUCAAGGCCGAUGAUAAAGAAUCCAACCCCGCCCCGACGCCAGCUCCCGAAAUUCUUUCCUCGUUGGAGGCGUCGCCCUCUUACCCAAUGCAGCCUGUCUGGAUCCUGUUCGGACUGAUUGUCUUGGUGGGUAUCUAUGUUUGCCGCCGCAACAUCCGCCAGCAGCAGCAACAACAGAACAGUGAGAAAAAGGAAUUUGAUGCUUAA